AUGAAACAGCACGUACCUCCCGUAGACCAGAUCGAGCGCAUUCUCCAAGGAAAUAAAGCUCACGCUCGCCGCACCCUCGAGGCCGACCCCGAGUUCUUCAAGGGUUACGCCGACAAACAGAGGCCUGGGGUCCUCUGGAUCGGAUGCGCCGACAGCCGCGUUCCCGAGACCACCAUCUCCGACAGCAAGCCCGGCGAGAUCUUCGUGCACCGUAACAUCGCGAACGUCGUCAACACUGAUGAAGUGGGCGCGAACAGCGUCCUCGAUUUCGCCGUCGGCAACGUGAAGGUCCAGAAGAUCGUGGUCUGCGGGCAUACGAACUGCGGCGGCGCUGCGGCGGCUUUGGGGGAUGCGAAUUUGGGACCGAACUUGAAUAAGUGGAUAGAGCCACUGAGGGAGCUACGUAAGAGUCAUCAAGGGGAGUUGGAUAAGUUGAAGACGGAUUAUUUGAGGGGGCUCAGGGUGGUGGAGUUGAAUGUUCAGCGAAGUGUGAAAAAUGUGAAGGCAAACGCCACGGUGCAGCAGGCGAUGAAAGGGAGGGGUCUGACGGUUCAUGGUUUUGUCUACGAUAUACCCACCGGCGAACUGCGAGCUCUUGAUACCGCUGAAUAA